CAAACGCGCCUACCAAGAAAAGCAAUGAUCAACACAAAUCAGAGAAUAAGAGCGACGUCUAUCCAGCAAGAAUCUCGGCGCUAAAAGUGUAAAUAGAUUUGGAAAAUGAGCUCCUAUGUUGACAGCUGCAACGUGAGGCGAGCGGGCGAGACAAGUUCUCCAAUGUUUGGCUUCGGCGUGGCGGGGCGCGCGUCCAGCCUGUGCCACGGAGGCGUCAACGGGAGCGCCGUAUUUACGCGCCCGGUCCCCACCGGCUCGCUUCUACUGGACGAGAUGCAAACGAGCCUGAGAGGCGGCCCGGAGCCUCCGCUCCCACCCGCGCCUCACAUGCACUCCGGCCCGGCCGCGCAAGACUCGGGAGGGCUCCUCUGCGACGGCGGCGGCGGCGGCUCCACGCUGCUUGCGGCCCCGGAAAGGGGCGUCAAGUCAGGCGGCAACCGGAGCCAGGAGAGCGCCAGAAGUGCGGAAAACGCGCAAACGGGGUCACGGACCGCCAACGGCAGCCAGCAGCGUGGACCACAGAUUUAUCCGUGGAUGACCAAACUGCACAUGAGCCACGAAUCGGAAGGCAAGCGCUCCAGGACCAGCUACACCCGCUACCAGACUCUGGAGCUGGAGAAGGAGUUCCACUUCAACCGCUACCUGAGCCGCCGCAGGCGCAUCGAGAUCGCGCACACGCUGUGCCUGAACGAGAGGCAGAUCAAGAUAUGGUUCCAGAACCGAAGGAUGAAAUGGAAGAAGGACUCAAAGAUCAAAGCGAAGGAAUAAGGGAAAAGCGUAGGGUGGCUUCGGCUCGGCACGGCACGGCACGGCACGGCUCGGCACGGCACGGCACGCGAAGAGCUGUCUGACCUCCGGAUGAACUGCGGGGAGCAAUGACAUCAUGACACGGCCUCGCGGCUCUUCAUCACCAAUUACGUGUCACUCGUUGCAGUUUGGGAUCCAACGUAUUGACUAUCGCUCACUCUGAUCAAUUGGUUUCCAUUGCUAAAUGAAUUUGCUGGCUUGUGCGGCGAUAAUAAGCCCACUUGCGGGGGACAAGAGGCUCCGCCGAGUUGCCGUGGGCCCGAUCAUUCGCGUUCUUAAUUGGGAUGAAAAGGUGGACGGUUGGGUUCACAUACCAAAGGGGGGGAAAAAACAAGCAAACAAACAAACAAAGAAACAAACAAACAAACAUUUCUCCAUGUAACAUGUUGUAUUUGGUGCGUUCGGUGACGUGUCUUUGAAAAUGACUGAAUUCAUGUGUGUAACCCAAGAAAACUGUAUAUGUGAUGAUACUGUGAUACUGUGCAAAAAAAAAAAAAAAAAAAAAAGGCACCUUUGUAGAAUUUGUAGCCUCGUAAAUAAAUAGCAUCAUUGAACGCUCCAUUGUUGACUGUGACCAAUAAAGUGAUCACAUGCGCUCAG